UGUUGCAGAGAACACCGGGACACCAUGAGGUUCGUGGUGACAGCGGUGGCUUUAGUGCUGGCGAUGGCUCCCGCGUGGCAGCCUUCUGCAGCUCGACCCUGGCAAGCGUGGCAAGUCCCUCCCAGUGGGACGCGCGGCGGGCCGUUCCCGGGGCGACAGGGUGCAACUGCAGUAAGAGGGCCACAGGUUGCCUUCCAGUACCGAGGUGGCAUCGACGCCCCCCAGGCCAAAGCUUUCAGCCACUCGCGGCCGCGCCCCCAGCCGAUGGCGAUCGGGAAGGCCAUUGACGGCAACGCCGAGGCGCAGAGGCUGGAGGGGGCGACAGGGAGGACGAUAAGGAUUUCGGAUCUCCUGCCGAACAACGAGCUCCAGAACAACGUCGGGGGUCAGGUCAGGCUCGAAGACCUGACCGCCGGGUUGCCGGAUACGUACAUUCCUGGAGGAGUCGGCGCCGGGAGCGCGCAGAUCUCCAUUUCCGGACCCCCCGGGCUAAGUGGCGCCGAUUUAGGGGCGUCGGCUGGUGUAUCCCUUGGAGAGGCUGUUGCCUCCAACUUUGGAGGGGCGGCCCCAUCAGGCAGCCUGAGUCUCGGGGAAUCUGGCGGCGUGACUUUGGCAGAAGCGACGAGCAGCUUUUCCUCUGGCGGAGCAAGCGACGCAGGCAUCAGCUUACCAGGCAUCUCGUCCUCUGGAGGUGCCGGUGGCUCAGCCACUGGUGUGUCCGGGAACUUUGGAGGAAUACCUGACUUCACAGAUAUUCCAUCGUCAUUUGGCGUUGCUUCCCCAGCUAUUCCCGGAAGUCCAGAUUUAUCCAGCCCUGGAUUCGACAAUACCUUCUCCGGCUCUCAAUUCCCAUCUUCCCCUGUCACUAUUUCCAGUCAGACAAACACACAGUUUACUUCAGACAGUCUCUUAACGGGAGGCGGAUCUCCCUUGAACGAGAGGAUUCCCGAGAACCCGAUCCUCCCCAACUUUGGUGCGGAUACUCCAGCCAGUGCUAGCAUCCUUAACCCAGUUCUGUCGUCACAGACUUCUGUUGGAGACACGAAGUCCUUCUUCGGAGGGGGAAAUGACCCGAUCAGAGAUCUCCUUUCGAAACUGACGCUGGGUAUUUUGGACAGUCGAAGCGCUUCGGGAGGCGCCGGCGGGGCGUCAAAUUCCCCCCUGGGAUCGCUGCUAAACUUAGACGUUCUCGGCCUCGGGAGAGAUUUCAUCGACGGCCUCGUGCAGAUGGCUGCCACCAACCUGGACAGCAUCACCAGGGAGACGACGUCCGGGCUCAGACUCCUGGGAGACGAGAUUCAGUUUCAGGGCGAACAGAGCUUGGGGAACUUGUUCAGAAAUAUCCAGCAAUCGGGCCGGACGGUCGGCACCGUGGGGAUGAACACAUACCGCGGAUUCCUUCAGAAGCAAAGUGCCGUUAACAGAUUCAUCAACGGUAUAGUCGAAGACUUUGGCGACUUUGCAGACAAGACAGUUAACAAGACCAUCUCUAAGGUUGUGGACACAGUCGGUGCAGUUGGGCGCUUUAUCUCCGACAUAAAGAUCGGAAUCAUCAACGCCCUGAUCGCCAAAGGAGAAGCAUUCAGAGGCUUAGUCGAGGGAACGCUAGAAACAGCAGGCUCAGCCGUGGCGGAUAUCACGUCUUCCAUUCGUGCCGUGGCCGAGGAUAACAUCAGGGCUAUCACCGGCAUCGAUAAAAGAUUUAGAAGAUCGACGCAUAAGUGAUAAUUCCUCUUGCCUUUUGGUUCGCCUUACAAAGGGACCAGCGAGUCCGAAAUGGCCGUCGUUGUUUCGACGGAGGCAAAAGAAGGAAAUAAAAAAAGUAUGUGAAAACAAAAGACACUCGUUCAUGAGUUGUUUGGAACAUAACUAUAGCUAGUCUAGUUACGCGUGAGCUUCCAAAACAUAGCGGAAAAGCUAUGUGCUUGCGGUCAUUCCAUUCCAAGUUAUUUUUUGGCGGGCAAAAGCUACAAGGAAAGUGUUUUAUACUUUGUUAUUUUGUCCUUUUUGU